GAAAGUUUUUUUUUUGUGAGGAAUGGGAGUGUGUGUUGUGUGUUAUGCUUUGAAAUGAUUACUUUUAUAUAAAUUUCAUAUAAAUUUUUAUGUUUCAGUUCGUAUUAUGUGGUUUAGUGGUUAGCGAUGUUGAAGUGUUGUACAUUACAAAGAAUAAUGAUGUAUGGUGCGUGCUGUAAAUGCCUGUUAGGCCUGCUGCUCCUGCUGCCCGCGGCGGCGUGGGCCCAGCGCGCCGAGGCCUACUUCAACGGCUCGUCCUACGUGCGGCUGCCGGCGGCCAUCUCGCUGCAGUCGCACACGGGGCUGAGCUUCCGCUCGUGUGCCGGCGGGCAGCUGUUCGCGCAGCACGCUGACGGGGGCCGGGUGUCGCUGGAGCUGCGCGCCGACGCGCUGGUGUUCUCCGCGGCGGUGGGCGCGCGCGCCUACGAGGCGCGGCUGGGCGCGCGGCUGCUGGACGGCCGCUGGCACUACGCCAGCCUGCUGUACCGCCUGGGCGACCUCACGCUGUCCGUGGCCGGCCACCAGCAGGUGGUUGCAAACAGCACGUACAACUCGGAAAUCCUUAGCUCGGACCUGUCGGGUCCCGGCUCCGUGCUGAUUGUCGGGGAGAAGUUUGUUGGGUGCAUUCUGCAAGGCCCCAGCAUCGUGUUCAACUCGUCGGAGGUGAAGCACCACAACGUGGCGUGGGGCCAGUGUCCGCUGCCCUCUUCUGGUUGCACCCUAACAGAUCACUGUCGCAACGAGCCUUGCAUGCGGCACGGGACGUGUAUCUCACGCCAGGACAGGUACGAGUGCAGGUGCGCUGCUCGUUACCACGGCAACAACUGUGAGAUUGACAAGGGCUCUCCUUGUCAGCAGAAUGGAGCGAAUGUCUGCCUUAACAAUGGCCUUUGUGAAGAAAAUGAGAUGGGUGAUUACACAUGCAUAUGCAAUGGUCCGUUUACAGGGAAUCACUGUGAGUUGGAAAUGAAUGUUCGUCCAUGCGAGAACAACCCGUGUCUUCACAACGGGACCUGUCGAACGUCUGCGCUGAGCGGCAGUUACGAGUGCUCUUGUGUCCCAGGUUUUACUGGUGCCAACUGUGAGACGAAUAUAGAUGAAUGUGCUUCUAAUCCUUGUGAAAAUGGUGGUACCUGCAUUGAUGGGGAGAAUGGUUACACGUGUUCGUGUGGACGUACUGGGUACAAAGGAACCAACUGUGAGGUCAACAUUAAUGAGUGCGAGAACAACCCAUGUCUCAACCAAGGAGUGUGUUUCGACCUGUACGGCAGCUACACUUGCAAGUGUACAUCUGGAUUCGGAGGGCAGAACUGUGAAUUGAACAUCAACGAGUGCAGCUCGGGCCCGUGCCGCAACGGGGCGCAGUGCACGGACCUGGUCGGCAGCUACGAGUGCCGCUGCCCGCCCGGCUUCUCCGGCCGCAACUGCGAGCAGAACACGGACGACUGUGCGGGCGUGGCAUGCCCCGCCAACUCGGUGUGCGUGGACGGGACCAACGCCCACAACUGCGUCUGCAAGCCCGGCUUCACAGGCGUCCCGCCCAGUUGCACUGCUGACCCAGACUUGUGCACGAACACGACCUGCCGCAACGGCGGCUCGUGUGCCAGUGUGGGUGAGCAGUCCAGCUGUAGCUGCCCGCCUGGCUUCACAGGUUCGCGGUGCGAGCAUGCCGCGCCGGCUGACCGGUGUCCGUGUAAGAACGGCGGGACGUGCGCGGGCGGCGCAUGCUUGUGCCCGCCGCACGCAGCAGGGCCCUUGUGCGAGUUGCAUGUGUCCUGUGCGUCUAGCCCGUGUCGGCACGCCUCCUCCUGUCAGGACUUAAUCGAUGGUUACACCUGCGACUGCCUGCCUGGCUGGGCAGGAGCUAAUUGUGACCAAGAACUAAACACAUGUCUGUCCAAACCUUGCUACAAUAAUGGCAGCUGCGUCCAAGGUCCAGGGUUGGGUUCGUUUCGUUGCGAUUGCACACCGGGCUUUACAGGUCCCACUUGCCAACACCAUAUCGAUGAGUGCUUUUCAAACCCAUGUCAGAAUGGUGGGACAUGCAUCGAUCAAGUUAAUGGCUACUCCUGCAAUUGCACCGAACACUUCAUGGGAGACAAUUGUGAACUUGAUUACGACGUGUGCUACUACUCACCAUGUGAACAUAACGGAACGUGUAUGUCUCGUAGCAACAAGAGGGAAUUCAUUUGCGAGUGCACUCCAGGCUACCAAGGGCAGAGGUGCGAGACGAACGUGGACGAGUGUGCCAGCGGGCCCUGCCCAGAGAACAGGAAGUGCGUGGACGGCGUGAACUCGUACGAGUGUCGGUGCUUGGACGGGUUCGCGGGCGACAACUGCACGCUGCAGAACUUGAACUUCUGCGCUGCGACCCCGUACCCCUGCCCGCCCACCGCCAAGUGCAUCAACGUCAACGGGAGCUUCACAUGUGUGUGCCCGGCCGGGUUCACAGGUGAAAACUGUGACACAGACACAGAUGAAUGUCAAACUCCAGGAAUCUGUAAUAAUGGAAUUUGCAAAAAUGUACCAGGUCAUUACGAAUGCUACUGCACUCCUGGGUUUGUGGGUACUCACUGUGACAUCGACGUCAAUGAGUGCUUGUCGCAGCCUUGCCAGAAUGGAGGGGAAUGUGAGAAUCUGCUCAACAGUUUCAGCUGUACCUGUGCCAUAGGAUUUACUGGCGUGCUGUGCGAGCAGGACGUGGACGAGUGUGCCUCGACGCCGUGCCAGAACGGCGGCCUGUGCACGGACGGCCGGGCCAGCUUCACGUGCUCGUGUCCGGCGGGGCUCACAGGCGUCCUGUGCGAGACCAACAUCGACGACUGCGAGUCGUCUCCUUGCCUGAACGAGGGCGUGUGCAUCGAUGGCAUCAACAGCUUCACGUGCAACUGCAGCGACACUGGCUACGAAGGAGAGCUGUGCGAGAUCAACAUUGACGAGUGCCUCAGCAACCCGUGUGUUCACGGCGGACGCUGCGAGGACCAAGUGAAGGACUACAUGUGUAGCUGUUACGCGGGGUAUACAGGAAAGAACUGUGAGAGAGACAUCGACGAGUGUAAGAGCUCACCUUGCAAACAUGGCGGCACGUGUUUGCAGCGCUCCAAUAUGUCUUUGUACUUUAAUGAGAACAGUAUUUCGGAGAACUUGCAGAUACCGCCAGUAUUUAAGAGAGAGUUUUCUUAUGCUUCUGCAAGCGGCUAUGAAUGUGUGUGUGUUCCCGGGAUAAUGGGGACAGACUGCGAGAUCAACAUAGAUGAGUGUGAAAGCAGCCCGUGUUCGCUGUACGGAAGCUGCAGUGACAGAGUGGGCGGCUACGUGUGCGAGUGCGCGGACGGCUUCACGGGCGUUCACUGCGACAUAGACAUCAACGAGUGCGAAGACCAGCCGUGUGUCAAAGGGACGUGCACCGACCUGAAGGCCGCUUACGAGUGUAGGUGCGAUCCGGGCUACGGCGGCAAGAACUGCUCUGUGUUCCUGACCGGCUGUCAGGACUCCCCGUGUCGCAACAACGGCAGCUGCACAGCUUAUCUGGUCAAUGAAACCGAGCACCAGUUCAACUGUUCUUGUCCCACUGGCUUUCACGGGUCUCGCUGCGAAAAGCUCACCACAAUGUCGAUGUCCAACGACUCCCACGUCAUCGUGACCACGACACGCGACGAGGGAUACGACUUCCAGUUCAGGUUCAAAACCACGCUCGAGGACUGUGUGCUGGCCAUCGGGAAAGGAACUACCUACUAUGUCCUGAAGCUGACUCAAGGUCGACUGAAUCUGCACUCGAGCCUGCUGAACAAGUGGGAUGGCGUGUACAUGGGCUCCAACCUCAAUAACGGCACUUGGCAGAGGGUGUUCGUGGCCAUAAACCUGACCCACCUGGUACUGGCGUCGAACGACGAGCAGACGAUCUACCCCAUCAACCUGAGCGAGGGCACCAACUCGACGCAGACGAGUUUCCCGCUGACGUACGUGGGCGGGCCCGCGAAGUUGGCCGCCCUGGUGCUGCAGGCGAGGGUCGAGGAGUUCGUGGGCUGCGUGGAGGAUGCGGUGGUGAACGGGGCGUGGGUGCUUCCGGGCGACGGGGAUACCUCCACGGUGCUCAGGUUCAACAAGGUGGAGCAGGGCUGCCCGCGGGUCCCGCAGUGCGACCCCAACCCCUGCCUCAACGGCGGCGGCUGCACCGACAAGUGGCUGGACUUCAAGUGCCAGUGCCGGCGCCCCUAUCUGGGCGCGACUUGCCAGUACAACUGGACGGCCGCCACGUUUUGCUACGAGAACAUAACGAACAGCAUCGUGAAGGUGGUGGUGAACGAUCAAGCGCGGAAGGCCAUCCGCAACGUCAUGGAUGUCUCCAUGUUCAUACGGACACGGCAGACGAAGGGGGACAUCUUCUACAUGGGGACGGAGCCGGGAUCCGUGCCUGCGAUAUCCGAGACGCUGAUCGUCGCAGAGAUGGACGACGGAGAGCUAGUGGUCCGGAUACAGUUCAACAAUUCAUUUGAGUCGUACAAUGUGCCGGGAGUCAAGCUUGCAGAUGGCAACAACCAUCUUAUACAGGUGGUUCGAAACAUCACCCUGGUCGAAGUGAAGAUAAACGGAACUGAGUUUUUCCGCAAGACGGUGAUAACGUCCGGUCAGCUGAACGUGCAAGUGCUGUACCUGGGCGGUGUGCCGGCUGUGGUACGCCACACGCGACAAGCCAUGGAGUCUGUCGCCAUGCGGGUGUACCGCCCAACGGGCAUCAACUUUAAAGGUGUCAUUCAAGAUGUGGAGAUAAGCAAUGGAUCACAUUUGAUGUUUGUGGAAUUCUUCCCGCUCCAGUUGGAGGGUGUUACAAUGCCAUCGUUUGGUGUUGUCAGUUUUGAUGCAGACACCGUACUUGAGGGAGUGGUGUCUGAUGACGCUUGUCAGAGUAAUCCGUGCCUUCACAAUGGAACGUGUUAUGUCACCUGGAAUGACUAUGGGUGCGCGUGCCCGCGCGGCUACAAGGGCAAGAUGUGCCACGAGAUGGAGUUCUGCCAGCUGCAGGACUGCCCGGAAGGGAGCGCGUGUCGCAACCUGGACGACGGCUACGAGUGCAUCGCCAACAUCACGCUGGACGGUCGCGGCGCCGGCCUGGGCUACUCCUUCAGCCAGCGCAGCCCGGAGCCCGGCUCUGAGCUCGAGCUGGACGGCGUCGAGAUGAACUACCGCAGCCAGACCGGUGGGACCAUACUUUACAUUGGCAGCGCGAGCGGUCAGUACUUCUCGGUGAGCGUGUACAGGGACCAGGUGUUUGUGUCGUGGCUGCUUGAGGAUCCCGCGCAGUCUGGGUCCUACAGGUUUGGCAAGCCACAGUCGGAUGGCAACUGGACCAAAAUAGUUCUAGACAUGAAGAACGGCCUGGUCGCCGGCGGGUUCAGGGAGAUGGACGAGGACCUGAAGCAGCUGAUGGUGGCCAACCUGUCGGCACCGUCGUGGCACAAGCUGCUGUACGAAGCGACCAUCGUGGUGGGCGCGGGCCAAGAGCGGAGGGAGGUGCUCCAGCCCUACGCCGACGGCGCCACGCUGCAGCCCCUGGACGACUACCUCCCGCCCACGGCGACCACCGUCGGGGGUCCCUUCAAGGGCUGUCUUGGAGAGAUACGGAUCGGAAGUUCCUUGCUGCCGUAUUUUUCCUUGGAUCAGUUGAACGCAGAAAAUCUGACGUCGCGCGACUUCCUGAACCUCUCGACUGCACCCACGCAAAUAAAGCUGGGUUGUGAGCUGUGUUUUGAUUACGAGUGCAAGAACCAAGGCUGGUGUGAAUCUCCCACGGAGACUUACUCGUGCAAGUGUCCGCUUGGGUUCGAAGGCAUGGACUGCUCCAUCGACAUUAAUGAAUGUGCAUCCAACAAGUGCGAGAAUAAUGCCACUUGCAUAGAUGAAAUUGGAAAAUACUCAUGCGCAUGUCUCCAAGGGUGGACAGGAUUAAUGUGCGAGACGGAGAUCAACGAGUGUGCCUCGAACCCGUGCCAGAACAACGGCACCUGCGUCGACGGGAAGGGGAUGUUCGAGUGCACCUGCACCGAGGAGUUCAUGGGCCAGCUCUGCGAACAAUACAGGCUGGUCACCUGCGAGAACAUGCCCUGCAAGAACGGCUCCACGUGUGCGGAUAUCAAAAAUGUAAAGACCGGGGACAACUUCACGUGCACUUGCGCUGCUGGUUUCGAAGGCGUGUACUGCGACCAAGCCUUCUGCUUGGCCACCCCGUGUCAGAACGGUGCACAGUGCAACCUGAGUGAAGGGGCACCAUUUUGCCAGUGUGUGGCAGGAUACUCGGGGAAGUACUGUGAAACGAAUAUUGAUGACUGUUCCACGGGGCCAGACAACACAUCUCCAUGUCUGAACGGUGGCAUGUGUGUGGAUGGGAUAAAUAAAUACACCUGUGACUGCUCCGAAACAGGAUUUGAAGGGCAGAGAUGUGAAGAAGACAUUGACGAAUGUGAGUUGUCACUAGCGUACUGUGGAAAAGGAAUCUGCGUCAAUCGACCCGGUUCAUACACGUGUCAGUGUAACAGUGGCAAGUGUGGCAUACAUUGUAACUUAACAGAUCCUUGCGAGGAGAACCCAUGUCAAAAUGGUGGGACUUGCAAUGAAUACUGCGUUGAUGCUCCCAACAGAUAUUCUUGUAAAUGCAUAGAUGGGUUUGUUGGUGUGAAUUGUACUGAAAAGCCCGUGGGCGCAGCGGCCAGCGGGGCAGACAUCGCCGUGAUCGUGGCGCCCAUCGUCGGGUUGGUGCUCCUGUCGGCCGCCGUCGGCCUGUUCGUGUUCGUGCGGAUGGCGCGCAAGAAGCGUGCCACGCGCGGCACCUACAGCCCCAGCCAGCAGGAGUACUGCAACCCGCGCGUGGAGAUGGACAACGUGCUGAAGCCACCUCCCGAGGAGAGGCUCAUCUAGUGUCGGGGCAGAGCCCGGCGCUCUAGGGGACGUACCUCCGGGGGCUCCGGCCGGUCCCUGACCAGACGGCGUCACAUCGUGGUGCCUUUGUGCGUACUGGCGUGGUGCGUGGUGUUAAGACUACCGUGAUCCAGUUGAAAUCCUUGUGUGGUACUCCUUUAUCUUUUUUAGACAUUUACACAUGUAACAUUAAAAUGAAGAUGAUGUUUUUGUUGGAGACUGUUGGUGCCUAUUGUGAUUACUUUGUUUACGAAUGAGGAGAAAUUAAAUUGUUUUCUUGGUUAAACGUAAGAUGUUUGCAAAUCCAUGACUAUUGUUAUUAGGUGUACAAAUUAACAUUUUGGUAACGUACUCAACCAAACUUGUUAAUCUUGACUCGUCUCCGCGUGUAAAAUGAUUAAAUAUAGAUGAUGAUUAAAACCAGCCCGUGAACGUGAGUGGCGGUGUGUAAAUAUUUUGGAGUUCAGGAGAACCUUGAGUGCAGUUCAGUGAAAACCCCACGAUUCCUUAAAAUGGUUUUGUUUGGUCAUGUGGAAUGUCGUGAGCUGUGCUCAGUGAAACAUCAGCACUAAACAUGUGUUUAAAAACUGCUCAAAGAUUUACAAGUCGCUAAGUCAGCUUUCCUAGUUACAUCAUUACAUAUGCGUGAUUAAGAUGAUUUGUUUAAACUAGGGAUGGGACGAAUCCACAUUUUGGUCGAAUCCAAAUCCUUGUUCGAAUCCUCGGUGUUUGUCAUUGAAUCUCGAAUCCCAGUCCCACACUAAACUUCACCACAUGUUAUUAAAAAAAAUCACACAUUUUAAAAAAUUACAUAGGCCUAUGUAUUAAAAAAAAUUACAUGUGUAUUUAUAAAAUUAUAAAAAAAUGCAUAGUGUAUACACCUGAAAUAAAAUAGAGACAAUUGACUUCAAAAACCACACACGUAAGUUUGCAUCUGUCUAAUUCUCUGUUAAAUUAAUCCUUCCUGUGUUUUCAAUAAAAUCCGUUUGUAUAACAGACACCAUUUAAAAAAAGUUAUGUUUUUUUCUGCAAUGUUAUAUUAUUGAAGGUUGGAAAUGAUCGAGUAGUUAUGCUAGGUAAUUGAUAAAAUGCAGCGUAGUUUAUCUAAUGUUUGUGCUAUUUCCGUUACCUUCUUAAUAUAGUUUAGGUAUACAAUUUUCUAGAGCUGGGCGAACCUCAGUUCUCUGGUUUCGAACAGAACCGAAUCGAACCAUAGCAAAACAAUUUUGAACCGAGCCGAACCGAACCUCAUACAGAAAUAAUUGUUUUGAAUUAAAAUGAACCGACGACCAGCAUUUUUGACUUUAACUGAAUGGUGAGAAAGAAAGGUUCUCCAGCCAUAUGUAAAAUUAAAACAUUAUAUAGCUUAGCUUUAUUAAAACAUUGCAAAACAUUUUAUAAAUAAAGUUUAUGCAAUAAAUAAUGAAGGAAAGAAAACAGUUUAGAGAAAAUCAUUUCGCAUUUAUAUAUAUACAUAUACUUUUAAUUCAUGAAGAAGUUCCAUCUAAAUUUCUAAAAGAUGACGAACAUUCAGCAUAAGGCCACAUAACAUAUUUUUGUGGUAGACAUAACCUAACAUUUUUAAUAAGUAAAACUUUUUAAUAGGACAUUAAAAAAAAGUCAAAUGUGAAUUAAGUUACCUAUCUACAUUACAAAACCCGCUGACUGCAGUUGCUGUUUUCUUGGAAGAAUGCUGCUCGUCAGAAGAAACUUAAGACAUUUUUUGGGGUGGUACUGGGUCAUCUGGGUCGUCAUUAUCAUUUCUUCAUUUGGAAAACUUAAACGACGUAAGUCUGCUCAUCACAAAUCACCUCAAGAACAAUAAUAUUGUAAACUUAACGUAAGAAGUGUGUUUAUAGAAAUUUGCGUCGGAAAAAAGCAAACACGAGAAAUAAUGAUGGCUGCCGCGACUACGCUAGUCAACUUAGUACCGUACUGUAAAAUUUACUGGACCAGUACUUUUAAUAAACAAGAUUAAAUUAAUAUUUUCAGUACCUGACUGUUAUAACCAAAAAGGCCAAAGAAAAUAAAUACAUCCCAGUAAUUUAAAAUACGUAAUUUACGUAAUCAUUUCCUACCGCAUUUGUCUUGUGUCAACUUGAUCACGUUAGUUUUGCCGAAAUACAAGAGUUCUCGUACAUGCACUUUAGUUUAACGUAUGGGGUACGCAAACUUUGGUGAUUUUACAACACGUCUCGUACACGCACUAUAGUUAAAGGUAUAAUAUACAAUACCUUUGGCAUUUAUUCGAUAGUAGUACGAGAAAUGCAUAAAAAAAUCUCCAAAGUAAACAAAAAAGAAAGUGCGGCCAUAUGAAAAAAUGCUAUGCGAGUUAUUCGACGAUUAACAAUUUUUUUAUUUUUAUUUUGUCUGCGCUUGAAACUGUUGAGGCGACGAUUAUGCGAUAAAAGUCAGAAUAUUACAAGUAAUGGAAUUUUGUUGUGCUGUUUUGUGAAUGGUCUCAAAUGGAGGUUAGAAAAACGUAAUUUUUUUUAAACGAACGCUCGGUUUUUCGAAUAUAUUUUAAGAGGUUUCGAACCGAACUGAACGUAAGGGUUCGGUUCGGUUCGAAAUUUUCGAACUUCGCCCAGCACUACUGAGGGCUGUGCGCACGUUCCCGGUGACUUUAAGGUGUUAUGAAUGGGCACCACCACGUGUAAGGGCACGUGGACCCGGCUGAGUCUCGCUCUCAGGGCGUGACGUAGCCCAGGUGGGGACGAGUUACCAGCCCUUUCUACCCUAUCUAUCCAGACCUGGCCCGCUCUAGGCGUCCGGCACGCCACACUCCUAGGCUAAGUAGGCUCACUCACCACGUGGUUAAAUAAAGUACUCAGGUUUUACUUAUACCCAGAUUUAAUUCCACGAACACACCUCCCUCUACGCACGUUACACUUUAAACGGUUAAAAAGCCUGAGGCACGAACCAACUUAAGUGAAUGCAUGGUCCACCCACGUGGCCAUGCGAUAAAGUAUGCUUAGUACACAAUGUAUAAAACUCGAAUGAGAUAAUUAAUUAUUAAUACAGUCCGCCGACCGAGAGCUGCCCCGAGGAUUGACGGACGAAAAGGUUUAAGAAUAAUUAAAGAUGCAGAAUUACUUGAUCGGUGGUAUAUAAAUAUAAAUAAAAACUACUGGCAAUUUAAAGUACAUUAAUAUUUACGUAGUUAUUGAGAAUUUAUAUAAAAACAUUCCUACCCUCGUCCAAGUCCGUGCCUAUUCGGGUCCGCCCAGGAAACGUCUGUAGUUUUUUAAGUAACGAAAUAUUUAAAUUAAAGAAAUACAUGAGUAAACUGCAACAAAACACUGGGGCAAAAAAAUGAAUGAAAAAGGGUUUACAAUUCACAUUAAAACUUAACACUUUAGGGGGUCGCCGCACUGCUUCUAAGCGCCCUCUUGCCAGGCUAGAACCACACGCACGCACACACGCACGAGUGGGAGGUUUGAAUAGAGGGUGGUGGUGGGAGGAGAGGGGUGGUGACGGCGUGAGGCACAUCGGGCUUAGGGAGGGCGUAGCCCCGGCCGACGUCACUACAAUUUUCAAUUACUACCUGAAACUCUUAAAAACUCACCUCGAAUCCCACCUCGAAUCCUACAAAUCCUCGAAUCCAUAGGAUUCGGUAUAUUCGACGAAACCAAGAUUCGAAAAUCCCAUCUCUAGUUUAAACAUAAAUUUGAAAAACAGAAUAAUUAAUUAUUACAGUUAGUUAAAUUGUACAGUUCAGUGAACAUAGUAAAGUCCAUUUUCUAUGUGUUGCAGGAAGUUUUUAAAAGAGGUAUGUUAAUACUGAACCACAGGAAAGUGUUAUAAAUACAAGACGUGUAAAAUAUGGGAAUUAAAAUGUGAGGGGUCCACUAUAUAAACUAUUUCCAGAGAUGCCAAGAUCAGCAUCCAGAAUGCCAAAGAAAGAUUGGGCUUUAUUGACAAACACAUGUAUGUACAAACACAACUAAACCCUCGCAAUUGGAUUGUAAAUCAUUCUUACCUGAGCGCGUCAGAAUUCUGGUAGAAUAACCAUAGGAAUCCAGUGCACUAACUGGUUGCUACCAAAAAUGUCAUUACCAUUAGUCAUUGUUUAUGAUUUGGGAGUUGUAAUCUAUCAUGCCUUACAUUGUUCACAAUAAAAAAUAGCUGUGUCUGCUAUCUGUGACAGAUAAGUGCCUUUUUUCACGUUGGAUAACAGAAACAUGAUUGGUUGUAGUUCUGUAUUGCAACAACUACUUUUUUGCCUUGAAUCAUUUCUCUCACCGUUGUGGUGCAAACAACAAUUGCUUGUGUAACAUUCUUUGAGGUUGUUAUUAUAAUUUACUUCACAUUCUUGCAGAAAAGUAGUUAUUGAAUCAAUGGUUCUGCAGUAAAUUGAAACUCAGUUUACUGCUUCAAGGCUGUUUUUAAUUAUGUUGACAAAGUGAUUUAAGUAGUUCUCUACCACAUUUCUCCACAGGCGAAUUUGCCAUAGCUUAUGUCGUAGUCUGCUUGAAAGCCGUGUGUGAGACACUGUCUGUAGCCGGGAGUUUAGAUGUAAUGAAUUUUAGAGGAGAAAUACUGUUACUCUGCAGUAAAAAAUAUUAUUUAAGUUAUUGUAAUAUUGCUAACAGUAAUUUUUUUUCUACAAAAAAUUUGUGUGUAUUGCGGGGAGGGUGUUAAUCAGUCUUCAGAAUUUUUAUAUUACACCCCCCUCGUCCCUGUGUUUCUGAUUUUGACAUUUGACACAAAAAUAUGAGAGAUGAUAGCUAUAACCUACUCUUAUUACAACUAUUGUUUCUUGCCAGGCUAAGAGUAUCUUGUGUUUGCAAUUUACAGAAAAUGGAAUUUUGUGAGAGGUGUGUUUUAAUUAAGAUAAUUCACAUAUGCUGAUAUGUGUCUCAGGAUUUGUUUACUAACACUACGUACUUAUCUGUGAAUUUAUUCAUCACAAACAAGUGUAUUAAAGGUAUUCCCUGUUUGUAUAUUUAUAUAAAGGGAUUUGACUUGCCAAGUUUUAUUUCUUGUCUCUGUGAAGUUAAAACUAAAAGUUUGUGAAAUUUGGGUUUGCUUACAUCCUUACAGUUUCUGAUCAACUGUGACUCAAACAAUAAUAUAUGGAUGCAUGGACUUUAUAUUGUACUGAUUGCUAGACAAUUAGUAACUGUCAUACGUCUUAUCAGGAAUACGUCGGUUUGAAUGAAUUUAUAAGUUAACUGUAUAUUGUAUUACGGAAAUAUUUGUAUUACAGUGUAAUUUAACCAAAUAUUGAUAGUUGGUGAGUGUAAUCAAUUAGACCUUAGGAUUUGCUAAAAAAAAUUACUGAGAUUCGUAAUUAUUGUAAACUAUUUUAUAUUUAAUUGUUUUAGACAUACUUCUUUGUAUUGAGUUAUGUAGGUUUUCAGUUUGUAGAUGUGUUUUUGUUGAAAUUAGCAUCAUCCUUUUUUUUUUUUUUUCCAGUGUGUAGGUUAUAUUUACAAAGUACAAAAUACUAAGUUUGCUUUUUUACUUGGACAAGAUCUCCAUAUUUUGUGUAUUAUAUGUAUAUGUAUUGUUGUUUUUUUUGUUAACAGUUUGGAUAGUUCUUGUGUGAAUCAUAAUUCUGGAAACAAUUUUACUUUAUCUAUUAAGCUCCAAGUUAUUUGGGGGGAGAGGAUUUAUCUUUUUUUUCUAAAGCAGUCUGAAUGUUUUUAUUUAUGUACUUAGGAUCCCUCCUUUAUUUAUGUACUUUGGUAAAUCAAAAUCCCCCCUCCCAAUUCCUAUUUUCCUUUGUCCAUCUUCACAGUUAAAAAUUGAUAACAGUGUAAAUAUUUGUUGUGUUUUUUUUUAAAUAUCAAUUAAUUUAUUUUAUUUCUUUUAACCUUGCCCACCUUAAAAAGUUAAUCUUAAAUUGUAAUGGGUAUGUAGUGUACUACUCAAAAACUAACAAAACAUAGACAUUAGUGUUGAAAAUUUUUAAAAUAUAAAAAAAAUUAUGUUAAUCUUUAAAAUGUUAAUUUUUUUUAUUGUUUUGUUUUAAAUAUGAAUUCAAGACAUUAAGGGGAAGUAAAGUCUUGUAUGAUUUUACAUUCCUGCCCAUUUGAUAAUUUUUUGACUAUGAUGUGCCUUCCAGUUAAGUUUCUACAAAGUUUUCAAAAUAUAUCUGUGGAUUUUAGGUGUGUGUGUUUAUAUAUCUCUCUCUCUCUCUCUCUCUCUCUCUCUCUCUCUCUCUCUCUCUCUCUCUCUCUCUCUCUCUCUCUGUAUAUAUAUAUAUAAAAUAAUUUUAAACCUUUGACAUCCUUAUAUUUUGCAUAUAAUCAAACCAUUAUCUUUUUAUGAAUUUUUUACUUUGUCUGUGGCAUAGCAUCAUAGGACGCUGUGAUGCUUGGUGUUCCCUUGCUAAAUAACCAGUUUAAAAAAUUACGUUUUCAAAGACGAGGCGUGUGAAUUCAGUCGGCAGCUGAGCGUUUAUUGGCUCAUUACAUUCCUUGCAGUUGUCGUUUCGCCGAACGCCAGGAAUGCCAGCCUGGACCGGUGUUGGUCUGGGAGCUAUGUGGGGAAACGAGGUCUGCGCUCGUGCAAUUGUGGCUUCUUCACGCGCUUUAUGAUCCGCGAUACAGCGAUGUCAAGGAGUCUGAAAGACAAGACAUUCCCGUACUUCUGCCCUCACACCUCCCAGAGCUUUGGCAUUAGGUUCUAGUGUUUUAUCUGCAGUCUCUAAUAAAGUUUUUCUAAACUUGGCAUUGUUACGACCCCUCAUGGUUCCUAGGGAUAGUCUCUCAGUAGAGGGGGAGGGGGAGUGGGAUCGUAAUAAACAUUUUGGACUGAAAGUAGACUUUAAGGGUCAAACUUAAACUGCAAAUUUUUUUUAUUGAAUUUUCAUUUUUAUGAAACUAUGUAGUGGAUUUAUUCUCAUAUUCCACUUCAUAAUUAUUUAAUUUCAUGUUUUGUUGUCAGCUAUAUGCUUCAGUGUAUCUCGUAUUUUUAACGACUAGGUAAGUAUUCUUAAAUACAACUCUUCUUUUUUUUACUUUUUGCAUCAUGGUCACACAUUAGCCAUUAGCAGUUAAUUCUCCUGGUUUUCCACAGCUGAGUAUAAAUGAACCAUCACUUUACUUCUACCAACUACCCUUAAGUUUCAUGGAGGAUGCUACCCUUGUAUCCAUAAUGAACAAUCUAGAGCCUUAUCUUGAAUGAAACUGUAGAAAAGUCCGUGGGUUGCAAUUUGCUAAAAUCCAUUAAAAGUAUGUUUGGCUUAAAAUUUAGAUGCAUUUGAAAAGUAACUGUCAGUUAGUAACUUCACCACUAGCAGUCGAGUAAAAAUCAGACCCACCUUUCACUGGCAGUGCUGCCAGUGACUGAAUGCGUACUGCAUUUGCGCAACGCAAGUUGGAAGUCUAUUUCAUCUGACGUUUGUGAUAAAAUUGCUGUUCACGAUUACUGCAGUCAUAGCAUGGACAAUGUUUAUUUGCCUCUGACGUGUAAGAUGUGCUAAAAGGUAGGACGAGGAGAGGAGGGGAAGGGUAGGAAUGUACACGAACGUGCGAGUGAAAGUUGUUGCUCUCCCAUCAAAAUUAUUAGAGUAUGUUGAAAGGUUGUCAAAGCUUUCAACUACAUUUUUAAGCAUAACUCUGUUUAAUUUGAAUUUUUUUUUGUGUGAAAUUAGGUUUAAUUUAAGUUGGCAACAUGAAAACUAAUUUAUCACUUUUCAUUUUUCAUAUGUUGCUUGAUAGAUUUUGUACUUUGGGAUCUGUGUUAAUAACACAGAUAUGAACAAUGGUGACUGUCUCAGCCACUCAAGAUUUUUCACUGAUUUUCUGUGCAUUGUAUAGUAUUUACAAACUAAAGGCUAAGGAAAUUUAAUUUAUUGUUUGUUACUUGAAUACUGAAAUUUUUUAGUAUAGGCUGUAGAGUUUCCAUAUGUUUAUAAGAUGCAUUUGUAGUGUGUAGGGUAUGAAUUAGGUGAUACUUAAUAGUGUUACUGUGUAGAGAUUGGUGCUCAAUUAUAUAAAAGAAAUUUUUUUCUUUAUGAACAUAUUCUCUUCUUUGUGCAUGUGGUUUCAUUAUAUAACUGUACACAUUCUGUGAAUACUGUAAGGGUGUAGUAGCAUUUAAUUCAUUUGCACAUCUGUGAUAUUGUAGAGUUGGUUAACACGACUUCUGUAAGGGGAACAAUUCAAGUAUGUGACUUUGGUCUGAUCAUGUGUAAUACAGUGUGUGUUUUUAAAUAUCAGUGAUAAUAUACCUAUUGCCUUAAGGUACAGUUACAUAACACACUACAUUUACAUUACUGUGCAUCAUUUCUUCAACCAAAGAAAACAUUUCUUGAAAAUCAAAGCCAACUUGAUGUGCAACCGUAAACCGUCCAUUUUAUCCUGCCAAGUGUGGAGAGCAAUCUGUACAUAAUUUGUUCGUCUUCUUUGUGAUGGAUGUGUAACCAAAGUAUAGACUGUACAUUUGUAUAAACUGGCUUGUACAUAUGGUUGACUUGUUAUCUUUCAGCCAUUAGGUAUUUUAACAUGUAACUUGUGUAUGUACUUAAUAAUUGCACUUAAAAAUAUAAAAAUUACGGGACCAUAGCCAACUCAUUAAAUUGACAAAUAAAAUUUAUAGUAAAAUAAUAAUUAUUAUUAUUACUACUACUACUCUACUACUCCUACUUCUACAUAUACAGUAUGUACCAGUUUAAUUACUUAACUAGCUUCAUUUUCAAGAUUAAGAGAUCAAUCCUUUUGUUUACUUUUUGGGUAUGGUAAGUGCAUGCUUUUUUCUAAGGGGAAA